UACUACGUGUCUAUAAAUCUUUCUCUCAAUUCAAUAAUUCGUGGAUUUCGAUCUUUGGAAUCUGGAAGCAGCAAGCCCUACCCCCAACCCUAACCCUAAUUUCACGCAUCUCUUCCCUUUUCGUUCAUCUUCCUCUGCUUCUUCCUUUAGAUUCUUUGUGAAAUUGUUGAUUAUUUCUGGAUUUGGGGUAGAUUGCUGCUAAAGGGUUUUUCCUCUUUCACAUUUAAAAGAUGCACUUCCGGCCAUCAUUUUACCAUAAUGCAGUUUUUGAGUUGGAUAUUGUUUAUAUAUGGACACCAAGCGAUUCAUCCAGCUUGUUGAGGAGAAGAAGAAGAAAAUUAUGGAGAGAAAGGAAGCUCCUUUGAAGUGGGAGCAGAAGCUGGAAGCUGCUUCCAAGGCAAAGGCUGUUGCUGAGUCCAAAGAGAGGAAGCUGAAAGCUGCAAAACAUAAAAAAAGGUCAAGCUCUGAUACUGAUAGUGAUCAUGACACUGAUGAUGAAAGUAAAAGGGCUAGUAAAAGAUCUCAUAGGAAGCACAAGAAGCAUUCUCACUUUGGUGAUCAUGAAAAAAGGAAAGAAAAAAGUUCCAAGAGGAAGACAAAGAAGCGGUCUUCAGAGUCUAGUGAUUUUAGUAGCGAUGAAUCUGAAAGCAGCUCUGAGGAGGAGAGGAAGAGAAAGAAGAACCAAAGGAAGAAGAUAAGAGAUCAUGGUUCAAGAUCAGAUUACAGUGAUUCUGAUUCUUAUGCUGAUGAAGUCAGUAAAAGAAAAAGGCGACACAAGCGGCGACGAUCAUCAAAAUUUAGUGAUUCAGAUUUCUCUAGUGACGAAGGAGACUAUCCAGAUCGGGAGAGAGGUCAUGGAAAGCAUCAUAAACGCCACCGACAUUUGGAAUCAAGUGAAUCUGAUCAUUCUAGCGAUGAAAGUGAUAUUCACAGGAAGAGAAGCCACAGAAGGCACCAUAAGAAUCAUAGGCGAUCACAUAAUGAAGAGGUGAGGUCAUCUGAUUCUGAUUACCACAGUCAUGGUGGAAGAAGUAGAUCAUCAGAUAAGUCCUCAGAUGAAUACUCUGAAGAAGACGAUAGCAAAAGAUCAGCGCUUAAACGGUCUGGUCAUCAUCACCAUCAUCGUCACCAUCAUAACAAACAUCGACCCCACUUUGGGGAGGAAAGAAAUCACUUGCUCCAGCUCUCACCAAAACUCAAUGGAAAGCAAGAUGAGGAAUUAGCUAAAGCUGGAAUUGAGAAAAAGGAUGGUGGUCAACAUGAAUGCAGAGCUAUGCCUGAGAAUAUUCAUGAGCCAAUUGUUUAAUUUUUAAGAAUAUGUUCUCUCAUUUUGUCCACAAAAAGUGUUCUGUUACAGGAUAUGGUUGUUACUUAGGGGGAAAUCCCAGUACUUAAUCCAAUGUUUGUGAACAAUUUUCAUCAUUAAUGUCUGACAUUAUGGUGUCAGCAGUAUUAUUGAUUUUGAAAACUGAUCUUUAACUAUUAUUGAUCAUAAAAAUUGACCUUGAGCUAUUAUUGUUGA